UUCAUAUAUCCAAUCCAAGUAACUUGUACACAUCCAAAAUCUCUCUCUUCCCUCUCUCUUUCUCUCCCCCAUCUUAAUUAAAGAUCUAAUGGAAAAGAGUUCAAUCAGGUUGAAUAUUUGAAGUGGGUAUCAGCUUUCAGAUCAAGGAACUUGAAGUUUCUUCUUCUCAAGAAUCGGGUCAGCAGAAAAUAUUGAAUAUCCAAUUACCUACGAGAAGAUAACUUUGAGCUAUUCAGGCUGCACCUCAUCAUCUUCAAAUUAAUGUAUUGCAGCAGCAACCUCUUAUUGAAUUUUCGAGACCGGCGGAAACGGGACCAGAGCGACGACGAUGAACGGCGAGCAAAAGAAAAGUUGAAUCCAUUCUCAUCUAGAUUGUUUGAUUUGAAUGAAGAGGCCAUGGUUGAAGAGAGCGAUCAUGAAGAAAGAAAAUAUGGAAGCAUUUCAACUAAUAAUAAUAACAACAACUCAUCAAAUGGAAAUGGAAGGAGGACAACAGUGAGACAAUAUGUUAGAUCAAAAGUGCCUCGCCUACGUUGGACUCCUGAGCUGCAUCUCAAUUUUGUUCAUGCUGUGGAAAGGCUUGGUGGCCAAGAGAGAGCAACCCCCAAGUUGGUUCUUCAGCUGAUGAAUGUUAGAGGACUGAGUAUUGCCCAUGUUAAAAGCCACUUACAGAUGUAUCGAAGUAAGAAGCUUGACCAAACUGGGCAAGUUAUACGAGAGGCAUGCAAUGGGACAAUGCAUGGAGGAGGAUAUUACAGUAAUAAUAAUGGCAGCAUGAGCAUACAUUCUUCUCGUUAUCUUCCACUGGCAAGGCAUAUCCAUAGCCAUAGCCAUAGCCACUCGUUUGGUGCUGUUGGAACUCGUUUUCACUCUCACUUCCCAUAUCACAUCAGACCCAACACCUCGUUCUCAAGAAUUAAUAGGCAAAUUUUGGAGCAAAAGAGAUGGAGUAGUUUGGGAGAAAGGGCAUGGAAGAUGAUGAGAAGAACAAAUAACAAUAAUCGGAGUGAGAGGAAGGAUCCAAUAAUAAUUAGUGAUGAUGCAAAGAUAAGAGAUGAUGAGUUGCGAGGAAUAGGAAAUAAUUGGGAAGCAGAAGCAGAAGCAGAGGCAGAGCUGCUGCAGCUAGGAAUAGGAUUAAGCAGAAGCAGCAACGGUAAGAGUAAGAGUAAGAGUGGUAACAAUAAUAUUAAUAAUAAAGAGAGUUAUUGUUGGUCAUAUGGUUUAGGAGGUGGCAGAGGCAGCACUCAAGAAAUUACCACCCAGCUUUCCCUUUCUUAAAUGCUGUCUAAGUGAAAGUGUGGCAGAGAGGAUCGGAGACAAUGUUAAUUAUUUGAAGAUCAGCCACAGCUAUACCCAUAAUUGUAACCAAUAAUAUUAGAUGAAAUAGAGAGGAGCUGAUAAUUGUAGUCUUAAUUUGUCUUCA